AAUGGAAGGAAAGAAGAUCCGAGUUAAUAAUAGGGAAGGUGUUUGAGUAAAAUGGAGGAGAGGAGAGAAGAGGAUGAAUGGGUGCAGGUGUCAAUCAGUAGGAAGGCGAAGAUCAUCAGCUCACAUCACCACCACUCUUUCCCCCUCCGCCUUUGAUUUCCCCAUUUUUCAUUUCCAAAUUCUCUAUCCCUUCUGUUCUUCAUCUCUUCCUCCCUCGCCUCCAAUCCAAUCCAAUCCUCUCCUCUCUGUUUCUCAACAAUCCCUUUACUCUGUGAUUCAUGGAACCUUUCCUCUUUAACAAUCUUCACUCUCUUCACUCUUAUUGUUAACUCCUUUUCACUUUCCACCCCAUCUCAUGGCCCUUCUCCUUCCUCUCCCUUUCUUCCUCUUCUUCUUCUUCUUCUUCUUCUUCUUCUUCUUCCUCUUCCCUCCCCUACACGCCAGCCCCGGCGACUCUGAUCCACUUUACAAGGAUUGUGUGGUGCAGUGUGAGAAAUCUGGAUGCGCUGGUGACAAAUGUUUUCAGCAUUGUAAAUUCUCAUCUGAUGGGAAGCCUGUGGAUGGUCCAUGGUAUCUGCAGGAGCCUCUGUAUCUUCGAUGGAAACAGUGGGACUGCCAGACUGAUUGCAGGUACCACUGCAUGUUAUCAAGGGAGGAAGAAAGAACAAAUCUUGGUGGUGAGCCUGUCAAAUACCAUGGGAAAUGGCCAUUUAGGCGAGUCUAUGGCAUUCAGGAGCCAGUUGCAGUUGCUCUUGCCGCACUCAAUCUUGCCGUGCAAUUUCAUGGCUGGAUAUCUUUCUUCCUUCUUCUAAACUACAAGCUUCCACUGAAGCCAAAUAAGAAGACAUAUUAUGAAUAUACUGGUCUGUGGCAUAUCUAUGGCAUCCUAGCCAUGAAUUCUUGGUUCUGGGAUGCUGCAUUUCACUGUAGACAUGUGGAGUUGACUGAGAAGCUGGAUUAUUCUUCAGCUGUGGCAUUUACUGGGUUUUCCCUAAUUGUAGCCAUAGUGCGAGCUCUUAAUGUGAGGGAUGAGGCUGCUAGAGUCAUGGUCUCUGCUCCAAUUAUCUCAUUCGUCACAACCCAUAUCUUGUAUCUCAACUUCUAUAGACUUGAUCAUGGUCUGAAUACUAAGGUCUGCCUGGUGAUGGGCAUUACUCAGCUUCUUGUUUGGGCAGCAUGGGGCGUUGUUUCUCACCAUCCGUCACAAUGGAAGCUGUGGGCAUUAGUCUCAGGCGGUGCAAUUACGAUGCUGUUGAAGGCAUUCGAUUUCCCUCCAUAUGGAGGAUAUGUGGAUGCUCAUGCACUCUGGCAUGCUACUUCAAUACCUCUUUCAUAUAUAUGGUGGAGUUUCGUGAGAGAUGAUGCUGAAUUCAUAACUUCUGGUGUUCUCAAGAAGAUGAAGUAGAAUAUGUGAUGUUAAUCAGAUGGAGGAAAUUCUGAAAGCACUUUCAUUUCAGUGUUAGUUAGUUCAUCAACACUCUGGUAGGUUCCCUUGUUUUUCUGGUGUUGCUUGGCGAUUAACAAAAUGUUGCCCAGAAAUGUUGUUUGUAUAAUCAUAUUUGCAUAUCAGGACCAAUGAGUUUUGUUUUCUGUUCAGUCUGUGUUUCCUUUUUUUUUUAACUUUUUGGUCCUGAGAUAUUUGUGGGUCAACAGAUGAAAGCCCCUCAGCACCAUGCCAGUUCUUCUCAAUGUAAACAUACAAUAUUUUGCUGAUAUCAACAGUUUGUGUUAUUCAAGUCU